AUGACUUUCCAAUGGAGCGCGGUCGCUGCUUUCCUGUACGGCGAGAUCGGCGCGAUCCUGCUGCUCUGCCUGCCCUUCAUCUCCCCGCCCAGAUGGCAGAAGAUUUUCAUGUUUCCUCUAUGGAGCAGAAUGGCAGUGUUUUGGAACAAGAUGUUCCUCACAAUAAUAGUUUUAUUGAUCGUCUUGUUUCUUGAUGCUGUUAGAGAAGUCAGGAAAUACUCAUCUGUUCAUGUGAAUGAAAAGGCUGCAAAUGUCAACACCAGCGCCUUUGAUCACAUUCAGAUGAAACUGUUCCGGUCGCAAAGGAACCUCUAUCUCUCAGGUUUUUCUUUGUUUCUUUGGCUUGUAUUGAGACGUACUGUUACCCUUCUUACUCAGUUGGCAAAAGAAAUGGCAUCUAAUGCAGCUCUGGAAACACAAGUAAACGAUGCUACUGAAGCAGCCAAGAAAUACAUGGCCGAGAACGAAAGGCUGCAGGAGGCCUUGAGUAAAAAAGGAAGUGGUGAAAAGAGAGAGUCAGCAGGAGCAGUUGAGCAGAAGUUGAAGGAGGAAGUACAACAGUUGAAAGCAGAGCUACAGAAGACAACAACUGCUUUCAACAAGGCCAAAGAUGAAGUGGCUGCAGUGAAAAAACAGUCUCAAGGCCUUAGAAGAGACUAUGAUAAUCUGAUGAAAGAAUGUGAACAGCUUCAGGAAAGUUUAAAUAAAAUGGAAGAUAAGAAAGACCUGUAGGUGCAUCUGAGACCCGAUGGCAUCGGUACAGUUGCUUCAAUGAGAAAAGCUUUGUGCUGUUUAUGUUCCUGAUGCAAAACUUGAUUUUUCUGAAAAGCACAUGCAUUGCAGGUCACUACUCAGAUUCCUCUCAUAUAUCUUGGCUGCCAAAAAUGUUCUGUGUUGCAAAUAAAAUGUUAGGUGGCUCACUGGAUUUACCAUGGGGUUUGUUACUGCUCUCGUGGGGAGAAACUCGAAAGUCUUUCAAUUCCACCUGGAGCAACUUGACUGUUCUCCAA